UGGAUCGCUGCAGCAAUCAUGGCUGCACAAGUAACUGGUCUUAACUCCUCGAAACUUCUCGCAGCCGACUGUCCGCAACUCAGUCAUUGCGUCUGUGGUCAGUACGCAAGGUACAUCCGUAUUUACUGCUCAACGCACGUCAACUUCAGUCUCAAUUUUGGAGACAUCUCCAGCGACCUCGUCAAGCUACCAGGGUUGAAGAUUAAAAAGCUCAUUAUCAACAGAGUAAACGAAACUGUCUUACCAUCAAACUUUCUAGCCAAUCUUACAAUAACAAAUCUCGUGAUAAACGACGACAGGUUAGAAUUCAUCGCCGACGAAGCAUUUGUGGGCGUACUCAAACUGACCAACCUGAUCGUGCUCACCACUCAGCUCAAGAGUGUCCCGCACGCUGUCUCAUUUCUUGGACCCAAGCUUAUAAAUCUGGAGAUGACCAAUAACCGCAUCGAAAAAGUCGACGACGUCCUAAAUAAAUUAAUUAACUUGGAAAUCCUAAACUUGGAAAACAAUCGCAUUGUGAGUCUGGAUGACAACUUGUUCGCUAAUCUUAUUCAGCUGAGAGAGCUUCGACUGGGAAAUAACAUGAUCGAACAUCUUCCCACAUCACUGAGUCGAGCGAAGCACUUAGUAUUCAUGGACCUGCACAAUAACAACAUCAAGGACCUGCACGUCUACGGCAAUAACAUAUCGGACGUAACCACGAUAUUUACUCGUGGUAUCAACCCUGAAAUUGUUCGAAUUGAAAGAAACCCGAUAACCGAGUUGCCAAAACGUCUAGUAUGGUCAAACAUGAAGGAGUUCCAUGCACAACAAUGUCACAUAUCUAUAGUAAACCCUGGAGCAUUCCAAAUGCUCAGUCAAUUAAGACUCCUCGAUUUGUCAGAAAAUCAAAUAUCUGAUCUGAACAACACCGUCUUUUCGCAAAGUUCUAAGCUCGCUACAUUCAGUGCCGCCUCUAAUUUAAUCAAAAACGUCGAUAACAUAUUCAACAAAACGCGCUGGCUGCAGGUCAUAAAUUUGGAUAGCAAUUUCAUUGAAGAUAUAACAAAUGCAUUCACAGGGUUAUUUUUGCUGAACAGAUUGAGGCUGAAACAAAAUGAGAUCAGUUUUAUUCGCGAUAAAACGUUCAAUUCCAAUAAGGAUCUUAAGUACUUAGACCUAAGUCAGAACGAAAUUGAAUGGCUGGGGACAAACUGCUUCAAGGGUCUGGUCAGGCUAGAUCAUUUGGACCUCGGCAAAAACAAACUCCUGUGCACAGAAAGAGCUUUCCAGACUCAGUGA